UGAUGUGCGACGAAUUCACCACAUGCGAAUUCACCUCAUGUUCAGUUUCAUCAACUAUACCGCUUUGAUGACAUUCGCUCCGCUGCAGAGAAUAGCAAAAAUUCAUAGUAAACAGUGCAUAAUUGUAAACAUUCCCGUUUAAAUAAUGGAAUCUUCAAUGAUUGGAACUUGUGAGGCAAUGUGUCCAGAUGAUGAAAUCAAAUUGCGAACCAGAGAGAAAUUGCUGCAUUUUUUCGAACGAAAACCAUCGAAAGCCGGCGAUUAUAUUGUGGACGAACAAAAAGUAGUCAAAGAAUUUGCCAGAUCGGCGGCUGGUGUUCAAACUCCCAAACCACAAAGUUUGAGAACGAAAAAUUGUUUAAAACGCACUGUAAACUAUUUACUAAUGGAAAUCAUUCGAGACGAUCGAAAACCCUAUCAUGUUGCCUAUGAUUUUAUUUUUGAUCGAUUGCGUGCCGUUCGUCAAGAGAUUGUCAUGCAAAAUUUGGACGCAGUCACCACUAUUGAAUUAAUCGAACCGAUGAUCAUGUUCCUUUCUUACUCAUUGUAUAGAUUAGUUGAAGAGCCAAUUGAUCGAUUCGAUCCAAAGAUAUGCCGUCAACAUUUGCAGGAAUGCCUGAAGAAAGUGCUGAAGUGUUACGAUUCAUUGGAUGAACUGGCAGAUGCGAAAGAUUUAGACAAACAAGAAGCCACAGCUCAUAGAGAAUUGAUAGAGUCAUUGUACUUAUUGUUCAAUUUAGGCAACAGCGAAGCAUUGGCCAGAGCACUCGUGAUUUCGCCCCAUUUUAAGAAUUCUACAUUUGAAUGUGCAUUUACUGUAGCGCUAUCGUUUUGGACUCGUAACUUGUACAAAUGCUUAGUUAACAUUCGGAAAUUACCCUACAUCUUAAGUACUGUGGCUUCACUUCAUGUGCAGUCAAUCCGAAGGGAUUUGAUGGAAUGUUUUUCUGCAGCUUAUCAAAGCAAAGUUCUAUACGUAUCAUUGGAUUGGUUGAAAAAUAUCAUGUUCUGUGAUUCUGUGCAGCAAUUGUCGUUCGAUUUAAAAUACUACGGUUUAAUGAGUGAUCCCAAAACGAAAACCAUUCAAUUUCAACACGCUUCGUUUCAAUCGUCUAAACCAAUUAUGAAGUCACGGAAGGAACACUUCGUUGAUAGUAAAUUAAAGGUGCCAAUCGAAAACAUAUUGCUGUUGUUUGAAUAUUGAAAAAAAAACCAAACUCCACCGACUCUCAUUGUGAAGAAAUAAACCCUUUUUUUCUUUUUUUUCUACCCAAAAAUUGAUUCAUUUUAUUGUUUGAAAACAAAUCAACAGAAAUUGUAAUAAAAAUGUUGAAAGAAUAUAUCGAAAAUAAAGAUAUGUAUGUUACAA